CCCCAGGGUGGAUCAUGUUGCCAGGUCCUGCUAUUGACGUCUGGAUUGCAGCCAUCUGCGUCCUAACUGACGCACAAUACGCGCCCGGUGGCUUUAAAAAGGGGCGAGACGGCGAGCAUCAAUUCAGAAAAGUCUCGAGGUGUUCACACUUCGGGGAAUCCAACUUGCUCCUUCUUAACCCUGAGACGACAGAAAGCGACUUUAACUGGACGUCAGCCGCCACCAUGCCAAAGGGAUUCCUGAUAAAACGCUCCAAAAAGCCUGGAGCAGUGUCCUACAGAGUGCGGGACGAGGACGAGGCGACGAGUCCAGGGCUUCAGUCUUUCUGCGCUGCAACUCUUCCCUCAGUUAUUGUUCAAAGGACGCCGAAUCGUGUGUGUUUAGGAGGCCUGCCUGAAUCAUUCUGCGCUCCUUCGCUCAGUCCGACUCGUCCAGACAGCGAGGGUUACACAAACCAGUAUCCAUCAACGCACCACAGUGAGCAGGGCUCUGCGGCCUCACUGAGUCGGGCUGAGCUUUUCCUCGAGCCCAUUCUCGGCGGUUUUGCGGUCAACGGAUCUCCAGUAUCGCCUUCUCUCCCUGAAAUGAGCACGAAAGUCGACUCAGGAACCAGCUCCGCAAAACGACCCGCACCAGCACCAAACUCCAAAAGCAACCCAUCCAAAAAGCGCAAACCUCCUCAAGAGAGAAAAGCGAUGAGUCGAGAUGAAGUCACCACCUCUCCAGUUCUGGGUCUACGCAUUAAGGAAGAUCCUGUGGAAGACUCGAAGCAGGGUGCGAGCAGCCAUCUGGGGGAGUUCAUCUGCCAGCUGUGUAAAGAGAGAUACUCGGACCCGCUCACUCUGGCGCACCACAAGUGCUCGCGCAUUGUGCGCGUCGAGUACCGCUGCACCGAGUGCGACAAAACCUUCAGCUGCCCGGCUAACCUGGCGUCCCAUCGGCGCUGGCAUAAACCCAAAGGAGAAGAAAAUCAGCCGAAUGCGAUGAGCGGAGCGAGCGCCACGACCCAGUCCGAGCACUCCGACUCGGGCUCUGAGGAUGAAGCGCUGUUCAGUUGCACUCAGUGCGCCAAGAAGUUCCGGCGACAGGCUUACCUGAGGAAACACCUCGCUCUCCAUGAGCGGAAAGCUGCAGGGUUACGGCAGGAUCUCACCCUCGCAAGUCUGCCCGAGUCUAUCGUCCUGGCAAAGGAAGAGUCUCCGGAAAUUUCCCGGAAACUUCCGAGCACAGCGCGCGCUCCGAAAACGCCCGACGUGUUUCCGUGUCGAUUCUGCGGAGAGAACUUCUUCUCCUCUCCAGGGCUGACGAGGCACAUCAACAAACAUCAUCCAACAGAAAGCAGACAAAUGAUCUUACUCACACACAAUAUCUAAGAUCUACCAUCUCAGACUGUGCCUUAAUCCAGAACUCUUUAAAAAAAAAAAACUUCAUUUAUUUUAUUAUUACAGGAUGUGACUUGACUAUAG